AUGGCGGCGGAGCAAGAAAUAAAUAUUAAGUUUGUACAAGAAGUUGAAAAACAUGCUUGUUUAUAUAACUACAAAUUACCAGAAUACAUGCGGAAAAAUACAAUAGAUAGGACUUGGGCAGAAAUUGGGAAUAAAUUUCAAAUAACAGAAGCUAAAGAAAAGUGGAAAAAUCUACGUAGUGUUUUUGUUCGCCAUUUGAAACCGCCUAAAAGUGGAGCAGGGACUGCGCAAAAAAAACCAUACUACUUAGCUGAUUUUAUGCAAUUUACUAUACCGUUCAUAAAAACAGCAGGAAAACCAUCAGGAAAUUUGAACGAGACAAUAGAAGAUAAUGACACAUUGUAA